AUGUCAUCAAGAAGUCAACAGCUGCACUCUUCAGAAGACACUAUUUUGGACUGUACUGUAAAUGUGUCGUCGCUGGAGGAUUCCAUCUUAAAUGAGGCCAAUCAACAUCUGCUGAAGAUCCUCGACUUACUUCCGGAGAAGUAUGGCAAUAUUCGUACUGAAGAACGGAAGGAAGUACGAGACCGGGUUACUCGUCUUUACUCGUGCAUCGGCCAAUUUCAUGGGAUCCUAAAAGAAGUAAGAUCCAAUCGUUCCCUGCACCCUGCUCCGCCUCCUACUACUGCUCCUACCCCAUCAGCUUCCUACGCUGAAGUCACAAAGUUGAACACUAAGCCUAGCUCCACAACUUUGGCAAUAACUAAAUCUUUAAAAAGCAAGAUAAAUAGUGAAGGCACAGGUGGCAGUUUUGCUGUCUUACUCUAUCCUAAAUCUGAAGAUGAUGGCCAAUCCACCGACAUGAAACGAAUAGAAAGCGAAAUAAAAAAGAGGAUAAAACCACAUGAACUUAAAAUAAAGGUCAAAUCGGUUAGACAAGUGCGAGGAGAUGGCAUAUGCUUCCGCACUGACAGCUACAAAGAGGCUGAAACUCUGUCAGACGCAAUCAAUGACCACCCUGACAUAGCCAAAAAAGUCCAGAGCAAAAUUUCAGAAGGUAGGAGACCUCGUGUGAUUCUUACCAAUGUCCCCAUAGCAGUAAGUGAAGAGGAGAUUAUCCCAAUGAUGUAUGAACAGAAUGAGAUCGUACAAAACAUGACCAUGGAUGAAUUUUCUAGUUCCACUAAAAUCAGCACUGUUCUCUUUCGUAAUAAUAACAAAGAAAACUGCAGGCAUAUUGUAAUUUCAACAACGCCUAACCUUAGAAAUCUGCUCGUCAAAACGAAACACAUAGCCAUCCAGUGGGCCAAGAUCUAUGUAAAUGACUACAUCCCAUUGGUCCGUUGUUAUCAGUGUUGUGGUUAUAACCACUUAUCCACAACCUGUCCAAACAAGCAAAGGUGUAGCCAUUGUGGAAAGGCACACAGGUUUAGAGAAUGCCGGAAACUGGACGACGAUCCUUGCUGCAUCAACUGCAAAACCCUAAACAAGGACCUCCCGGAAUAUAGUAGACAUGACACCUGUCAUAAUGCUUUUAACCCACAGUGCCCAAUCACAGAAAGAAUGAAGGCUCAAACAAUACGCCAAACCAAUUAUGGGGUAUAA